GCUUCCAACUCAAUCCGGCAUACAGGUGGCCUUCAUUAGCGCAAAGACGAAGGUUGCACCUCUCAAGGUUCUUUCAAUCCCUCGUCUAGAAUUGAAGGCUGCUGUCCUUGGAAUCAACCUUCUUGAGGCUAUCCAAGGUUAUCACACCUAUCCCAUAAGUCGACGAGUUUUUUGGAGUGACUCCAGUACAGUACUAGCCUGGAUUCGAUCAGACCACCGUCGUUACAACAAAUUCGUUGCCGUUCGCAUCGGUGAAAUUCUCACAGCAACUGAUGCACGCGAGUGGCGAUGGGUCCCCUCUGAAAUGAACACUGCCGACCUCGCUACCAAAUGGAAGAAUGGCCCCAACUUCCUACCAACUAAUCCAUGGUUUUGUGGUCCGGCGUUUCUUCACCAACCUGAGGAAUGCUGGCCUCAACCAUCCCAGGCCAGUCCAACUAAAGAAGAACUUCGAUCAAGUCACACUCAUUACACAGCUCCUCAGUUAAUUGACGUAUCCAGAUUCAGCCGGUGGACGACGCUACAGCGAACAAUGGCUUUCGUGUUCCGAUUCAUCAACAACCUGCGCCGUAAAAGAUGUGGAUCCAAGCUGGAACUGGGCGUCUUCGAUCAGCACGAAUUAAAACGUUCAGAAGAAGCACUAUGGAAGGUAGCCCAAGCUGAAGCCUUCCCAGAAGAAAUCACCAUUCUUUCUGGGUCACAAGGGUCUCCCGAAGCGCGACACGACCGUGUUGCCAAGUCAAGUUCGAUCUACAAGAACUGGCCAUAUCUCGACGAGCGUGGGAUACUUCGGAUGCGUGGUCGAAUCGGUGUCGCAUCCUUUGCACCGACCGAAGCUAAGUACCCCGCCAUCCUUCCCAGGCAACACCUAAUUACGUUUCUUCUUACAGACUGGUACCACCGCCGUUUCCGCCACGCCAACCGAGAGACCGUAACCAACGAAAUGCGUCAACGUUUCGAAAUCGCCAAGCUUCGUGCUCUGAUCGCGAAGGUGUCGAAGACCUGCAUGAUUUGUCGACUGAGAAAAGCCAUGCCCAGUCCUCCCGCAAUGUCACCGCUUCCGAAAGCCAGGCUACAACCGUUCGUCCGACCAUUUACCUACGUCGGAUUGGAUUACUUCGGACCUGUAAUGGUGAAAGUAGGUAGAAGUCAGGUGAAAAGAUGGGUAGCCCUAUUUACCUGCCUCACUAUUCGUGCCGUGCACUUGGAGGUCGUGCACAGUUUAUCGACGGAAUCGUGCAUCAUGGCAGUGCGCCGUUUCAUCGCACGUCGUGGUUCCCCUGCUGAGUUCUACUCGGACAACGGAACAUGUUUUCAAGGCGCUAGCAGAGAGCUAAAAAGGGAAGAAGUACAGGCAAGGAACAACGCUCUAGCUACUACGUUCACGAAUGCGAAUACUCAAUGGAGAUUCAUUCCACCAGCGGCUCCACAUAUGGGUGGAGCGUGGGAGCGUCUAGUUCGAUCGGUGAAAGUGGCAAUGGGAGCCGUAGCUGACGCUCCUCGCAGACCAAGUGAUGAAGUCCUGGAAACGAUUCUCGUAGAAACCGAAGCGAUGAUCAACACGCGACCGCUCACCUACAUCCCACUCGAAUCGGCAGACCAAGAAGCUCUAACGCCUAACCACUUUCUGCUGGGAUCUUCCAAUGGUGACAAGAUCCGGCCGGACGAACCUAUUAAUAGCCCGGCGGUCCUGCGUAGCAGUUGGAAGCUAGCACAGGCCAUCACCAACGAGUUCUGGUCAAGAUGGGUGAAGGAGUAUCUGCCAGUGAUAACACGAAGAGGAAAAUGGUUCGAAGAAGUUCGGGACAUAGCAAUCGGUGAUCUGGUGUUGGUAGUGAGUGGAACGGUGAGGGACCAGUGGACUCGAGGACGAGUGGAAGAAGUUAUUCCUGGACGGGAUGGACGAGUCCGUCAGGCCCUAGUCCGGACAGCAUCUGGAGUACUGCGACGACCAGCAGUGAAACUAGCGGUUCUCGACGUUUCGGAGAGUAGUAAACCUGAUCAAGGAGAUCCAGUGCAUCAGGAGCAUCACCAGGGUUUACGGGUGGCGGAAUGUCACGACGAGACCCCCCGUCGCAACUCAACUGUGGCCGGCAGAGACAGACCGAUCUACAAUGGCCUGUCGGACGAUCCUCUGGCAACGACGGGACAAAGGAGAAAAACGUAAACAUCAUUGGAACAAUACGGUAUUCAGAAAUCGAUCGUAGAUGUUCAGUGAUUUAUUGAGUUCUAUAAAAACUUAAUAUUCCUACAGUAAAAGUGUCUAACGUUAGUCUAGUUGAUUAUCCUAAAACUUAAACUAACUUACCUAGAGUAAAUACAGUUACGUAAACUAAUUAGAACGAAACCCAUGCUAGUGAUUAAUGCUAAUAUGUGCUAUCACGGGAAUUGUUUACACCAGGUAACAUGUGUAUUCCUUUGGAAUCGGUAGAAACCGAAUUCUUACGCUGAUUUAUGCUUUAAUUUAGGACAUCUACUACAUGGGUUAGAACUUCAACGCAACUAGAACAUAUUAAAGCUACUUAUAACCAUAAUUAGAUCGUAAGUAAAUGAAAUUAUUAUCGCUGUUACAUAACCUAAAUAUGCCUAUAUGCAGUACAGUAAAUUCCCAAAUUAAUACCCGUGAAGGCGUGAUAGGAUCCUAACAUUUCCUAAGGUCACCAAAAUUCUUAAAGCUUACCGCACAACAAAAUCGGUUUGCUCACUGGAGUUGGAAACUUAC